AUGGGCAAGGCGGAGCAGCUUGCUGAAAUUAGGGAGAAAAAGGCGGCCAAUCCAAUGAGGGAGUUGAAGAUUGAGAAAUUAUGCCUAAAUAUUUGUGUUGGUGAAUCAGGUGAUAGACUUACACGUGCUGCUAAGGUACUUGAACAACUAACUGGUCAAACACCGGUGUUUUCGAAAGCAAGAUAUACCGUACGAUCAUUUGGUAUUCGUCGUAACGAGAAAAUUGCUGUGCACUGUACCGUAAGGGGUCCGAAAGCUGAAGAAAUCAUUGAGCGUGGUUUGAAGGUGAAAGAAUAUGAAUUAUAUCGAGAAAAUUUCUCAGACACUGGAAACUUCGGUUUCGGAAUACAGGAGCAUAUCGAUUUGGGAAUUAAAUAUGACCCGUUGAUUGGUAUCUACGGCAUGGACUUCUAUGUUGUUCUCGGACGUGCUGGUCAUAGAGUUGCGAAACGUAGACGUGCUCGUGGACGUGUUGGACACACACAUCGUGUAGGGAAAGAGGAAGCAGUAAAAUGGUUUCAGCAAAAGUAUGAUGGCAUUAUUCUGCCUCCAAAAGCAAAAGAAAUUCGACGUGGGCGAAGGCAUUGA